UGCCUCGUGCCCGCGCUGGUCGGUUGGUGGCGCCUUUGUCCUACGGCGGGCAGGUGGGGCUGAGGCGGAGGCGGAGGCGGCGGCGGAGGGCCUGAGGCGUAGGAUCGGCCGGGGAGCCCGCAGCACUGGUAGCGAUAUUAAUAAGGCAGCGGAAAGAAGAAAUAUGAAUACGGCUCCAUCAAGACCCAGUCCCUCAAGAAGAGAUCCAUAUGGAUUUGGAGACAGUCGUGAUUCAAGACGUGACCGAUCCCCAAUUCGAGGAAGUCCCAGGAGAGAACCCAGGAAUGGUCGAGAUGGCCGGGAUGGCCGGGAUAGCAGGGAUAUGCGGGAUCACAGAGAUAGCAGAGACAUGCGGGACCACAGAGACCACAGAAGCAUGCGUGAUGCUCGGGACAUGAGGGAUCUUAGAGACUUUCGUGACCUGAGAGACUCUAGGGAUUUUCGUGAUCACCGGGAUCCUAUGUAUGACAGAUACAGAGAUAUGAGAAACUCCCGAGACCCUGUCUACAGGAGAGAAGGUUCUUAUGACCGAUAUCUACGGAUGGAUGACUAUUGCAGGAGAAAAGAUGACUCUUACUUUGACCGUUACAGAGAUAGUUUCGAUGGACGAGGCCCUCCAGGCUCAGAAAGUCACUCCCGAGCAAAAGAGCGUUUGAAACGGGAAGAACGGCGUAGAGAAGAGCUUUAUCGUCAAUAUUUUGAGGAAAUCCAGAGACGAUUUGAUGCUGAGCGACCUGUUGAUUGUUCUGUGAUUGUAGUGAACAAGCAGACUAAAGAUUAUGCUGAAUCUGUGGGGCGGAAGGUACGAGACCUAGGUAUGGUAGUAGACUUGAUCUUCCUUAACACAGAGGUGUCUCUGUCACAAGCCUUGGAGGAUGUCAGCAGGGGAGGGUCCCCCUUUGCUAUUGUCAUCACUCAGCAACACCAGAUUCACCGUUCUUGCACAGUCAACAUCAUGUUUGGAACCCCACAAGAGCAUCGAAACAUGCCCCAGGCAGAUGCCAUGGUGCUGGUAGCCAGAAAUUAUGAGCGUUACAAGAAUGAGUGCCGGGAAAAGGAACGUGAGGAGAUUGCCAGAGAGGCAGCCAAGAUGGCUGAUGAAGCCAUCCUCCAGGAACGAGAGCACGGAGGCCCGGAGGAAGGACUGCGUGGGGGACACCCCCCAGCCAUGCAGAGCCUCAUCAAUCUGCUGGCUGACAACCGGUACCUGACGGCUGAAGAGACUGACAAGAUCAUCAACUACCUGCGGGAGCGGAAGGAGCGGCUGAUGAGGAGCAGCACCGACUCUCUGCCUGGCCCGAUUUCCCGCCAACCACUCGGGGCGACUUCGGGUGCCUCACUGAAGACACAGCCAAGCUCCCAGUCGCUCCAGAGCAGCCAAGUGCUUUCCUCUGCUGCACCCACUCCAACUGCACCCCCCACCUCUCAACAAGAGCUUCAGGCCAAAAUCCUCAGCCUCUUCAAUAGUGGCACGGUUGCGGCCAAUAGCAGCUCUGCCUCUCCCUCGGUUGCUGCCGGAAACCAGAACCAGAAUUUUUCCACAGCAGUGAACAGCCAGCCUCAGCAAAGGUCACAGACCUCUGGCAGUCAGCCUCCAAACCUUUUGGGACAGGCGGGAUCUACUCGGAACAUGGGCCCCAGGCCUGGGGCUCCCUCCCAGGGGCUCUUUGGCCAGCCUCCCAGUCGCCUGGCACCUGCCAGCAGCAUGGCUAGCCAGAGACCUGUAUCUUCCACAGGUAUCAACUUUGACAAUCCAAGUGUACAGAAAGCUCUGGACACCCUGAUCCAGAGUGGUCCAGCACUCUCCCACCUGGUUAGCCAGACCACAGCACAGGUGGGGCGGCCUCAGGCCCCCAUAGGAUCUUACCAGAGGCAUUACUGAGGCUAAAGCUCAACCACCCCUGCCCCCUGGCUCCUCCCACUCACUGCAUUCUAAUAAGGGUUAUUUGGAGGAUGUCCUUUGCGCUUGUCCAGGUCCACAUAGAAUGUCGUAAGUUUCUACCACCUGCUCUCACUUCUGCACAAGCCUGUGUAGCUUAUUUCUUCCAGAGCCAGAGUUUAAACUGUUUUGAGGUAUAUCUUUUUCCUGGCUUUUUUUUUUUCUUAAGGGGUAGAAAAUACCUCUGGGUUCACUAGGCAGUAUAGGUAUCUGGCAUCGAUUCUUAUUUUAGGGGUUUCCCUGUUCUUUGACAUCUCAGUUUGGGGGUUGUAGAAGGAGCAAAACCCCAGUUGACUGAGUUUGGAAUGUCAUUUUCUUGGUAAUAGCCUCUGCCUUCAUUUGGAGCCUGUCCAGUUUUGCCAGCCUCUGGCAGGCUGGUCAAAUUUACCUUCUGCCUGCAGCUCCUCCCAGGGUUGUGGGGUGGGCUGGGCAGGCACAGUGUCACCAUGCCCCCUUCCUGCAUAGGAGAGUUGGCCAGCACUUUGCUACCCAACCCAGGGUUGAUUUUGUUUUCCUUUUGUUUUUAUUUCAUUGGAAACUUUUCCAGUGGAUUGAAGAGCUCCAGUCACCAGCAGUCUAAUACAUGACUACAUAUAAUACAGCCCCCAAUCUUGCUAACUUUGGAUUCCCAUUAACAUUUCUGUUCCUUUUUCCCUCUCCAUGCAUCAUUUCAUGGCGUUGGUUCUGAGGUGGCAACUCUAGACUCUGGCAGUAAACACCCAUUUUUUAAUUCCCCAGUGAUUGUUUUGAGCUCUGGGCUCAUAUCAGGCUCUUCAUCUAGAUUCUUACUUUUUCUGAGCAGCAGGAGGUAGGGACCAUUUUGAUGUCAGAAUUUUGGUAGCAGGACAUGUUCUUGAUACUGACGGCUGUUCAUAACUUUUGAGCCAGAGUAAAGUUUACUACAGGGAGGACUUAUGGCUACUGCUCUAAAUGGAGCCAAAGGAAGCUGCCUUCUCCCUAGGGACGGUGCUCAUUGGAGCUCUGUGGAUCUCGGUCUCAAGGGGCCCCUGGCAGGAGGGCAGAGAGCAGUGACUUCAGCUGGGUUCCUGCCAGGGACUGAACAAACAAUGGUUUCAAAACUCAAGGUCCCCAGAUGGCAGCGUUUUACCUGUUUGUGUUAUAUAGUGUUGGUUCUUUUCCCUCUUUGAAACUCUUGUGUUGUUAAUAAGAUGAUAUGAUUACUUUUUAAUUAAAAUAAAAAGCAAAGGC